GUUGAAGUUCCCCAUGAAAUGACAGAAUUAGCAAGGCAGGCCACUGGAAUGAUUUGAUAGGAUUCUUUCCCAGCACGUACGCUCGCUAAUCCGAGAAACUCGCACCCCGAAAUGUCAUUGUGGAGUCGGCAAGUUCUUCGCGUCGAGUUAACACUAUCAUUUUCAGUGCCAAGAUGUCUUCUCCACUCUUCCUGGGCUUUGACCUAUCAACCCAACAGCUCAAGGCGAUUGUGAUUGCAGAAGAUGCUUCCAUCGUGCACGAGAGCGCCGUGCAUUUUGACCGAGACCUUCCUGCCUAUGGUACAACGAAUGGUGCAAUCAAAGGCCCAGACGAAGGUGAGGUGACGAGCCCAGUGCUCAUGUGGCUUGAAGCUAUCGACCUCGUCAUGCAGCGCGUUAAGAACGCUGGUGUCGAUCUCAAUGCUAUUGCCGCCAUAUCCGGUGCUGGCCAACAACAUGGUUCAGUAUACUGGUCUGAGGAAGCCGAGAAAGCGCUUGGUGCGAUGGAUCCCAAGCGUUCAUUGGCUGAUCCGGGCCAUCUCGCACCCCGUGCGUUUGCAUUACCCAAUGCACCCAUAUGGCAGGACUCUUCGACGACCAAGGACUGCCGUGACCUUGAGGCCGCCGUUGGUGGUCCACAGGUGCUUGCAGAUCUUACAGGGAGCAGAGCCUAUGAGCGGUUUACAGGACCUCAAAUUGCCAGGAUCCGUCGCCUCAAACCUGCCGCCUACCGUGAUUCUGCGCGCAUCUCUCUCGUCUCAUCGUUUAUCCCCUCACUCUUUCUUGGGCACAUCGCCCCGAUCGAGGUCUCCGACGCGAGUGGGAUGAACCUCAUGAACGUACUCACAUGCAAGUGGGACGACGCACUCCUCGAGGCAUGCGGCGGACCCGAACUUCGCACUAAAAUCGGUCCUGAGCCCGUCCUCGGCGGCACCGUUCUCGGACGCAUCACCCGGUGGUGGGUUGAGCGCUGGGGAUUUAACCCAGGCUGCAUAAUUGCACCGUUCACAGGUGAUAACUCUGCAACCGUCAUUGCUCUUUCAGCACCAGGUGAUGCGCUCCUGUCCCUUGGCACGAGUACAACACUUCUGCUCAGCAUUCCCCCUGCUGACUCGCCUCCCGCCCGUUUCACUACUUCGCACCUCCUCUCACACCCUACAACUCUCGACGCGCAGAUAGCUAUGCUUUGUUACAAGAAUGGUGCCCUUGCGCGGGAGCAGAUACGCGACCGCUGCGCUGGUGCAGACUGGGCGCGGUACAACGAGUUCGUGGAGCACUCGCCGCAGGGUAACUCUGGGUUCUUGGGAUUCUAUUUCCCCCUCCCGGAGAUCAUUCCUCCAGGAGUUCGGGGCGAAUUCAUAUUCCAGUGCAAAGGUAAUGAGGAACCACAGCUAGUGCUUGGGCUGCAGCCAGAUGCGACACAGCACGCGCGCGGAAUUCUCGAGAGCCAAUUCCUCAGCAUCAAAUCGCGCAUUGCUGCCAUUCUUCCGGCGCACUCACCUCCUUUGCAACGGUUGAUUGUCACUGGGGGAUCAUCAGCAAACCAGACGAUCCGGCAACUCGCAGCUGACGUGUUUGGGAUGCGUGUCUACGUUGCGGAGAGUAAGGAGGCUGCAGGGAUGGGAGGCGCAGUGCUUGCGAAGUUUGCGUGGUGGAAGGCGCAAGUUGGGGGCGCGAGUGGGAGCUUCGAGGAGAUGACAAUGGGAACGGGUGAGGUGGAGAGGAUGAGGCUGGUUGCGACCCCGAAAGGCGAGGUGACCAAGGUGUAUGAAGCCCUUGUGGAUAACUAUAGGCGGUGCGAGGAGCGGGUGAUACACCUAUGUGGGCAAGCCUGAUGGUAGUGUUUUGUAUUUGGAGCGGGGGGCAUUGCAUCUACACAUGUACAGACCAUAGAGCACACUAUCUUCACAAUGUUAAUACCAGUACAUAUAAUGAAGACUUUUUGACAGUGA